UAUUAAAAGAUAAAACUAAAAUUAUUUUUAAGAUACAAGGCAUUGGAAACAUUGUUUCACGAUAUACCAUUAUUAGGCAUUCUCUAUCUGAUUGUUAGAAAUUAUUCAUUUCCUCAAAGAGAGAGAAUAAAUUGGUUGGGGAUGCAGUCUUGUACUAUGCACUUUCUUUGCCAAGGCAAAGGUUGAACAUUUCAGAACCAUGAGAAUGCUUCUGCAUUUGAGUUUGCUAGGUCUUGGAGCUGCCUACGUUAGUGCCAUUGCUGUAGAAAAUCCCAUGAAUAGACUGGUGGCAGAGACCUUGACACUGCUCUCCAUUCAUCGAACUCUGCUGAUAGGCGAUGGGAACUUGAUGAUUUCAACUCCUGUACAUACAAAUCACCAACUAUGCAUUGAAGAAGUCUUUCAGGGAAUAGACACGUUGAAGAAUCAAACUGCACGAGGGGAUGCCGUGGAAAAACUAUUCCAAAACUUGUCUUUAAUAAAAGAAUAUAUAGACCUCCAAAAAAAAAAGUGUGGAGGGGAAAGAUGGAGAGUAACGCAAUUCCUGGACUACUUGCAAGUUUUUCUUGGUGUGAUAAAUACCGAGUGGACAAUGGAAAGUUAAGACCAAACUGUCUUACCGAAGCAAAAGAUUUUUGAGGAGGAAAAGGAUGUUUUUACUUCAACAAGAGUGAAGGCCAACCAAGGGGGGGCCCUUAAUGUGCAGUGUAAUUAAACUUCAAAGUCAAAGUAAAUAUUUCAGGCAUACUGCUACUGUAUCACCUCACAAGGCAGAAAGCAUAAACUUUUUGAGAUAUAUUUCAGACAUCAGAAUCACUGAAGUAUUUUCUACCAGUUUGCUCUGGUAAAAUAGACAAAUACUUUUAUCUAUAUUAUUUAAUAUAAUGUCUGUUAACUUAUUAUUUAUGAAGUGAUUGAGA